AUGAGGGGCCAAGUAUUGUCAAACAUUGGUCUUGCUCUCUCCCUCUCCAUCACAGGAGCCCAAGCUGCGUCAGACACCACUGCCCCCGUUGUCACGGACAACCAUGAUGGAAGAAUCUACGAGGCAGCCCUCCUGAACAAGCAUGCCACCAGCGUGAGAGGAUGGCUCCGUGCGUCGGCUCCUGCUAGUGGCGUGGGUGUCAAGAUCCAAGCCGAAUUCUGGGGCUUCCCUGCCAACGUCUCUGGACCUUACCCCUACCAUAUCCACGUGUCCCCGGUCUCCCAGGAGAAUUGCACCACCACUGGUGCCCAUCUCGAUCCAUACAUACGGGGUGAAACGCCACCCUGUGAUCCAAACCAUCCGAACACAUGUCAAGUUGGCGACCUGAGCGGAAAGCACAGCCCGAUCUACGUUGCUCCAAACGAGCCAUUCGCAGUUGAAUACACCGAUCUUUUCCUUUCUUUGGAUAAGAAGAACCCAGCCUACAUUGGAAACCGUUCAAUUGUCGUCCAUGCGCCGAAUUCGAGCAGGCUUAACUGCGGGAACUUUGUGCCUCGUGAUCAUGAAUAA